UAGCUUGACCGAGCAGACAGCAGGGGGCAGCACCAUCACUUCAACAAGGCUGCUAAUCGUAGAAGAAGACAAAGUAUCGAGUCCAUCCGGGUAAGGUUGAGAGGAACUCCAGUGGACUUUCAUAAUGAGUAAAUGAGAUGCUGAGGAGCUGACAGCGACGCAGUUUAACCAAGGGAGAGAGGAAUGUCAGCUGAGUUGAUUCAGACACCAGUGCAGCUGUAUAGGUACCUGCUCAGAUGCUGCAGGCAGUUACCCUCUGCAGCAAUGCAGCAGCACUACCGACACGCCAUCAGACAGGGUUACAACAGCCACUCGGAUGAAGACGACCCAGAGAGGAUUCAGAUGAUCAUCCAAAGAGCUAUUACAGAUGCAGACUGGAUUCUUAAUAAAGGACUCCAAGUGGAAACUAGUGAGUACACUAGAAUCUGGUCCAGAACAUCUCUACAUUAGUCCAUGAGCCAGAUAGGUUGGUCGGUACCACUCGGGGGCAAAUUGCCACCUAUACCAUUUUAUUGUGCUGCCCAUGCAUAUAUCAAUUUGGUAUGAUAGACCUCUCAAAGUGGCAGCUUAAUGUAUUUUAUGCAAGUUGCAAGUUUUCGCAGACUGUGUCCCAGUAGAGCAGCUCUGAAAUUAAACUCUUAUCAGCUA